AAGCAAUAACUGCGCCUCGCCACGGCGGACCCCAAACCCCAUAUUCCAUUACAGCUUUGUGCCCCUACUUUCGGUUCCGUCGAAUAUAUUGCGUCACUCUACUAACUCUCACACCACCUCCGCUGCACUCACUUUUCCCCAUUCCCUUUUGCUUUUUCUCUCCUCUCCGCCUUUCUCUCUCCUCCGCACCCGCGCCGAGGAACCGCUCAGGGAUUCAGGCGGUUUCGAUAUCAUCAGGUCAUGGAGAAUGGACAUCCGUCUCUGGGGUUGGAAGAUGGGCCGAUUGAUGUUGAGGAUCUGCUUGUAGAACCCCAAGGCGGGCAUCUGUCGAUGGAUAGUGUAAUAUGUUUCGAUGAGAAGAUCCCAAAUAAUGCAAUGGGAAUAGGACAUGUUUCCCGCAGUUCUGGUGGGUCAGAUACUGGUAUUGCUCAGGAAGGGAAAGAUAUUCUCAAUGGAGAAGUACUUAAUGCAAUGCCCAUUGAAGCUGAAGAUGGAUAUUUCCAAUUGGAGAAUGAUUUUUGUAACAUGGGUGAUGAGUACCUUCUAGGUGUUGAAUUUGCAGAAAGUAUUACAAAUUUAGAUUAUGGUUCAAGUGAAGGCUUGCAGGCUUCAGCCUCAGACUGUCAAAUUCAAGUGUCUACUGAUGGUUCUGACACUGGCUGCAGAUCGGAUCUAUACAGAACAGGUGAUUUGCGGAAGUGCCAAAAUAGCCAUAGCGUUGGGAGCUCCAAAUUCGGUGAUACUCCUAGUCGCCGUGAGUGUGGAACAUUGGAUGGGGAGAAUCCUACAGUUUCACCUAGAUCGUGUACUUUACGAAAAUCUGGCAAGUCUCAGAACAGUUCAAGCUCUUCCUUUCUAGAUGUUUUGUCCGAUGAGAAUGAUGGAAGAUUCUCCCGGGCUGGUGAGAUGUUUUUCAGUCCAAAGACUAAAAGAAAUUAUGAUUUUGAGCUGACAGGCCAAAAUGGUGCAACUAAUGCAAAUGAGGGGCAGGAGACAUUAGUAACAGCGUCAGUUCAAGCAAGCAGCUCUAAUGUCCUUACACAAAAGAGAUCACGCAAGCCUACACAGAGGUACAUUGAUGCAUUAGUUGACCCCAUUUCAACUCAUUCUAAUAGAAGACGAGAGGUUUCUUCUUCUUCUUCCAUCAAGGACAAAUCUCGUGGAAACAAAGAUCAUAGGAAGUGUCAUGUGGGACCUAAAGCAAUUAAAGUACCGCCUGAGGAUCCUGAGGAGUCCUCUGUCAUAGCAAUUCAAGUGCCCUUUGGUUCUUUAGCUAACAAAGAAUGCUCAGAGAGUCAAGCAUGUGAUAUGGUGCAGCGUAUGGAAUGUAGAAAUUCAAUGACCAAGUUGAAAGGGAAGUAUGUUACUUUAAACAAUACAUUGGACAAAAGUGUCAUGACAGUUGACUUAAAGAUAAGAGGUGAUUGUGGAACGGGUCCAAAAAAAACAGACAGUUGUGUUACAGAAGCUGCAUCUAAGAAAAAGGAUGGCCAUGCUGCAGCCAAAAAUCAGAAGAAACGAAAUGAUUUCACCAUUUCUGUAAUUCGGAAAAAAAGGGAUGACUGUUUUACAACAGAGACUCCAAAUAAGAGGGAUAACAGUCGCGCAGUAGUGCAUCAAAUGAAAAGAGACGAUGCUUUAAUAGCUGAGAGCACUGAGGAAGCUAGUGGUCGGAGGAAGCAUCAUAGGCUAUGGACUAUUUCUGAGGUCAGAAAAUUAAUUGAAGGUGUUUCUCAAUAUGGAGUUGGAAGAUGGAGUCGAAUAAAGAAGCUCUUCUUUUCUGCAUCUGCUCAUCGCACGUCUGUAGAUCUCAAGGACAAAUGGCGGAAUCUUUUGAAAGCCAGCGGUAUGCAGGAACAAGGGAGUCAGCAGGGAGAGAAGAAGCGCAAUCUGGCGUGGCGGCCUCUGCCAAAGUCCAUCCUGCGCCGCGUCUGUGAACUGGCGACUAUGCACCCCUAUCCGAAAGGUGAGAGGGGGGCGAAUGUCGGUACUGCGCGUAUAGGACAUGAUUCGCCGGACAGAAGUACAGAUAUAACGUUGAGUGACUACAGAAGAAUCCUACGUAGUAUUAAUGGGAAUUGAGCCUUACAAUGAGAAGGCAUUUUGUACAUCCUUCAGCUAACAUGGGAUGUUGAUUCUGAUCUCAACUGUGUGGGAGUUUUUGAUUGAUUUUUAACCAGUGUUGCUACGCUUGCUUCUUACAUAAUAUCUGUGUUACUUUCCGCUCUCAA